CGAAAGAAAAACAAAAGAAAAACAGAAAAAAAUGGCGGACCAAAGCAACAGAACGCAUCGAGCUUCUCUCAAGACCAAUACCCAAGUCGCUCUGGUCGUCUUGGUUAUUCUGGUCGUCCUGGUCGUAGCAGCGAAUUCUAGGAAUGUUGGAAGACGACCUGACGCCCCCACGACCCUCGGAAUGGUGGCUUUUCUCAGAGAUUUCGUCAGCCAUUACCGCUUCGAUCACGUUAACAUCUUCACGACGCUGCGGGAGAGAGACAGGCUCCCUCUCAUGGCCCUCCAGCCGCUGCAGAUGAGCUUCCGAAAGGUGCCCGAUGACGCAACACCCUGGCAGGAGGAAGCGCCCUCUUCUGCGCACAAACUCCUGAAUAUCGUGUUGGUCGACAGCGUGGAUUGGCUCCUCUUCGCUAAUGCCACACGACCUCAGGAUGGGGUAAAUUGGCUUGUCAUUGGCGAACACGUCCACGCAAUAGAGACGCUCAGUCUGCCUCUCGAUAAUAAGGUGACGUUCGCGGAGCCCCAGGGCGGGAUGCUGCCUGUGCAGACGCGGGCGGAGAUGAGCGCCGUGUCUCGGGUGACGCUGGUCGAGGUGUACAGAGCCGGGCCGUUCGUGAGGCCCAACGUGCAGGUGGUGGGGCACUGGGAAUCUCGAGGCGGCGGAAUGACUCUCCUGCGCGCUCCUGCAGAGGACAAGAGUGAACGGCGCUUCGACCUCAUGGGCAUCGAACUGCGCUGCCUGACGCACGAGUGGCCUCCCGUGACCAUCAACCGGCUGGUGGACGAGUCGGGUAGCCAGGAGGUGACCGGCUGGAUGGGCAGCGCCUGGGACAUCCUCAAGGAGCGACUGAACUUCACCUCGACGUGCCGCCGCCCUCGAGACGAAGACUGGGGCACGCUGACGGAGGGCCGGUGGUCGGGCAUGGUCGGCGAGCUGGUGGAGGGCCUCGCCGACGUGAUCAUGGCGCCCCUCGACUACACCGUCGCCAGGAGCCGCGCCGUCGACUUCGUCAUACCGGUGGCGGAGGUUCGUUACAUCAUGGUAGUCCAGCGAGCGCACCAGCUGACGGGCGUGUGGGAGAGCUACACGCAGGAGUUCGGGUGUAGGAGUUGGGCGGCGGUUGUCCUGUUCCUCGUCCUGUGUCCCUGUGUCCUCUCUCUCGUGUCCAGGUCAUCCCCCAGCGAGGCCACGAAGGUCACGCUCCUCGACGCCGUAACCUGUACCCUCGGGUUUCUGGGUCAGCAAGGCACCUCCCUGAGUUUCACGAGCGCCCCCAGCCGCAUCUUCUUCCUCGCCUCCUUCGUCACGACGGUCCUCCUGUACUGCCACUACACGAGCGCCCUCUUCUCGUCCCUCGCCAUCACCACGGACAGCCAGCCCUUCAGGGACCUCCGGGGAAUCCUCGAAAACGGAAAGUACAGGUUUGGAUUCACCGAGGGCAUCUCCGUCGAGAAUGACUUCAAGGACUCGUCCAACUACCUGUACCAGCAGGUGUGGGAAAGGCUCGUGAUGCCUCCUCCCUCUGGCCUCAUGCAGGACGACGGCGCCGGCCUCGCUCGGGUUCGCCGAGAGAAGUACGUGCACAUGAUGGACCGAACCAACUUGGUGUACAUGACCCGCGGCCAAUGCGACCUGGAGAUGCUGCCCGUGCCCCUCUUCUCCUACCCCUCCGGCAUGGCCUUCAGGAGGGGCUCGCCCUAUAGGGAGGUCUUCUCGAGGGCAUUACUCAUCUUAAUGGACUCCGGCGUGACCAAGAAGCUGAUGGACAAAUGGCAGCCUACGGCAAGCUUCUGCCAAAGCCUGGACAUACAGCCAUUAACUCUCACCCACGUAUUUACUGCCUUUCUCCUCCUGGGCGCCGGCAUGCUCCUCUCCUUAAGUAUCCUGGCGGGGGAGGCCCUUUACAAGAACAUCCAGAAGGGUAUUUCAGCGAAGAUUUCUUGGAGGCGAGAAAUGGAACAGAGAAGAGAUGAAAGGGUAGAAGAUUAUGAUCGAAAGGAAAAUAUAAGUAGCGACGGACUGAGGACAAGCAAUCGCGUAACAUGGGUUGAUCGUACAGGGUUUAAAAAGCGUGUUUAAGGGUUAUAUUUAUUAUAUGCACAUAUAUUGUAGAUAUACAUUAGAGUGGAGUUGAUUAAUUAUCUUUUGUGAUCUUUUAUCCUUAAGGAAGGGCAUGGUACAGACCAUCGGUCGCUUCCCAAAAACUACCAACGCCUUUGGUAUGUAGUUCAAUACCUGCUGAUGUGAUGUUACCAGUAAUGCUGUGCUAAAGAUGACAAACAUUUUUAUUGUGAAAUGUGUAUUAUUGUUAACUCUUGUAAUUGUGCUAUUUUCAAUAGGCUAAACCCAAAUAUUUGCAGCAUAUUUGCUGUUUGUAUAUAUAUAUAUAUAUAUAUAUAUAUAUAUAUAUAUAUAUAUAUAUAUAUAUAUAUAUAUUUGACCAAGGCAGGACAUUAAACUGUACCCUGGGGUUCAAGCAUAAUACCCUAUGAGCUCCCCGUGCCAGGGUUGAAGCUGGUGGCAGCAGGACAGUGGUUCUCGCAGAAGGCGUUUAUGAGUGGAACUAGUAGUUCA